AUGUCUCAAUUUAUAGAUCAAGAAAUAAAUGGAUAUAAGGUAUAGAAAGCAAUAGGUGAGGGUAAAUUUUCAACAGUGUAUAAAGCAAUGAAUAAGGAAGGGAAUGUAGUGGCAUUAAAAAAGAUAAAAGUGAUAAAUGAAUUAAUUUUAGAUAUUUGAUAUGAUGGACCCAAAAUAGAGAGAGAAAUGUUUAAAGGAGGUGAAAUUAAUGCAACCUUUGGAUCAUGCUAACAUAAUAAAAUAUUUAGACUCUUUUAUAUAUAAUAAUGAACUGAUUAUAGCAACAGAAUGGGCUGAGAAGGGAGAUUUGAAAAAACUAAUAAAAAAUGCAUAAUAAGAUGAUACUCCAUUUGAAGAGGUGUAAUUAUGGAAUUACAUAAUGCAAAUAGGGAGUGCAUUAGAACAUAUGCAUGAAAAGAGAAUAAUGCAUAGAGAUUUGAAACCAGCAAAUAUAUUUAUAGGUGGAGAUGGUACAUUAAAAGUUGGAGAUCUCGGAUUGGGUCGUAUAUUUUCAUCAGAGACAAUAGAAGCAUAUUCAAAAGUGGGAACACCUUUGUAUAUGUCACCUGAGGUAAAUUAUCAUUAAAAAAGAAGAGCUCCUUCAUGGGGAAGGGUAUGAUAUGAAAUCAGAUAUCUGGUCAUUAGGAUGCAUUGCAUAUGAGAUGGCUGAAUUCAAGAGUCCAUUUAAAUAAAGUGAAAAGAUGUCUCUCAUGGAUUUAUUUAAUAAUAUCACUAAAGGAGAAUUCAAACCAAUCUCUAAUAGAUAUAGUUAAUAAUUGAGAGAUGUCAUAGAAGGAAUGAUUGUAGUUGAUCCAUAAAAAAGACUUGAUGCUACUACUGUCUUAUAAAAAUCUAGAGACGCUCAUUCCACUUUUCUAGAUACCAAAAAAACUCCUUAAAUUAUUAAUGUUUUAAUGAUGGAGGUUAUCUAUCAUAAUAUAUUAUUUAAUAGGAUAUUUAUGAAAAAUUAUCAUUGGUUCAAUAUCAUGAAUAUUUCUGUAUCCCUCUUAAAAAGAAACCUGUUUCCAAAUAUUAUUUCUCAUUAGAUGAAAAUGUCAAUCAAAAUUAAAGAUUUUAUUAUUUUGUUGAAUUAUGUUAUUGGCUUAUGAGCUUACCUAAAUAAAAAAAAAGUAAAUUAGCUUAACCUAUCAAACUUAAUUAUCAUAAUGUUGAAGAAACUGCUAAAAAAUUAUUAAUUGAUAUUAAAGCUUGGGGUAUUAAAUUACCAGAAUAAUUGGGAUCUCCUCAUAUCUCAUAAGGAUAAGGAGAUAUGGUUUGUUUCAUUUUAAAUGAUUUACUUAAUAGAGAAUUAAUUAGAGUCAAUUUUAAAUUUGAUACUCCCAAUUUUGGUAAAGAUUUAGAAAACUCAGUUAUUUAAGUUAACAAAAUAGAUGAUUAGGAACUUGCCGAAAUUGAAGAAGAACAUAAUGAAAAUGAAGAAGUUGAAUAAGAUGAUUUAACUUAGAGUAUUCUAUUUUAUCAUAAGAAAUAUAAUAAUGAACAAACUGAUUAUAAUCAAGUUCCUUAAGAUCGAUAAAUCAUUGAAACCAAAGUAGCUAUCAAUGAAUGGACUAAAGAAUUUAAUAGAGUAGAAAAAGAAUUUUCUAAAUUUGAAGCUAAUCUUAAAGUUAAUAAACAUUACUUAAAAGAUUAUGAAAGAACCAUUAUCACCAUCUCUAAAUGUUCCAAAGUAAUUCUAUCUCUAUUUUAGUAAUUAUCACUCUUGUCUGAACACUUGAAAUCUAAUGAAGUUUAACAAAUUUAAUAAUAAUGGAUUGACUAUUUGGAAUUAUUACCCAAAUUAGAAACCAAAGUUACUGAAUAAAUACCAGAAGAUAUUCAAAUCACCUUAAAAUCAAACAGAGAUACCAUAUCGAACUUGUAAUUGCAAAUAUCUCAAUUGAGUAAAGGAAACACAGAAAAAUUAGAAAUUGAUUAAUAAUUAAAUCAAUAAUUAACUGAUAUAAAAGAAAGAACACCAAUUUUGGUUGACAAUAGAUCUAAAUAAAAAUAAUUAAUCAAUUAAUUGAGAGUAUUGAUUUUUUUAAAUUAUGAUAGAAUGACAUAAAGGAUAUGAAUAUUAAAAUUGGUAUAAUGUAAACUCAAAUAUCAAAAUCAUAUUUUAAUACUAAUGAAGUAAUAUCUGAUGAAGAAUUCUGA